ACAAUAAAAUGAAUCGAAGUUUCUUUCUUUCCUUCUUUUUUCAAAGACCAAUGAUAAGGCUUAUCUUGGGUUUAACCCCCAUUAAGAUUUGGGCCCAAAAUGUUAAAUUGUUAAACUAUUAAAUCUCAUUGUUCUUCUUGGUUUUCAUUUACCAUUUUAGAUGGAAAAAGCUUCAAAUUGUUGAAGUCAGAUUGAAUCUCUGUAAAAGUUUAUCGAAGGGUAAUAUGUAUACAUUUUAAGCCUGCAAGGAAGUCUACUGUUGAUGAAGGCAGCGAGGAGCAGUUUGUGUUAGGGUCAUCAGUGUUUGCUAUUUUUCUGUUCUCAGAUCUGAGAAGUGAGAAGUCCUUCAGUCCAAAUUCAAUUACAACUUCAUACCCAAAUCGAACUUUUCUGUGAUACGUAGAGCUUUUGGAGGAUUAGAGACUGAAGACAUUACAAUGGACGCUCUAAGGAAGCAAGCUAGCAAGCUCAGAGAACAAGUCGCCAAACAACAACAGGCUGUAAUAAAGCAGUUCAGCGGCACUGGUUAUGAAAGUUCUGAUGUAGUGGUUAUAGAUGAGGUUGAGAUGCAGAGACAUCAACAACUAGAGAAACUUUACCGGUCUACGCGUGCAGGAAAGGAUUUUCAGAAGGAUAUUGUUAGAGCAGCAGAAGGAUUUACAGCCAUUGGGUAUAAGCAAAUUGAAAUGGGAACCAAAUUAUCUGAGGAUUGUUGCAAGUAUGGAGCUGAGAACUUCAAUGAUAACAUUUUAGCUAAGGCUGCAUCUAUAUAUGGCGAUGCUUGUAAACAUGUGGAAAAAGAGCAAGAAGACUUGAAUCGGCUGUUAUUUUCACAGAUUAUAGAUCCUUUGAGGGCAAUGAUCACUGGUGCUCCUUUGGAAGAUGCUCGUCAUCUUGCUCAACGUUAUAGUCGAAUGAGACAAGAUGCUGAGGCACAGGCAGCAGAGACUUCUAGAAGGCAAGCACGGGUAAGAGAAGUGCCAAAUCCUGAAAAUGCUUCAAAGUUUCAUGCAGCAGAAUCUAAAAUGCAGGAACUAAAAGCCAACAUGGCAGUUCUGGGUAAAGAAGCUGCAGCUGCAUUGGCUGCUGUUGAGGCACAGCAGCAAAGGCUAACUUUCCAGAGGCUUGUUUCAAUGGUUGAAGGAGAAAGGACUUAUCAUCAGAGAGUGGCUACUAUUCUUGGUGAGGUUGAAGCUGAGAUGGUUUCUGAAAAGCAACGGAAAGAGUCUGCUCCUCCUGCAAUUCUGCCUGAGAACUGCUCAGAAAAAACAAUGUACUUCUUGGCUGAAGUAAUGCAUGCUUUUAGUGCUGAAUCUGAGAAGGAGUUGAGCUUGGCUGUGGGUGAUUAUGUUGUUGUUCGGAAGGUGAGUUCAUCAGGUUGGUCAGAGGGAGAAUGCAAAGGCAAAGCAGGCUGGUUUCCAUCAGCCUAUGUGGAAAAACGCCAGAGAAUACCCACAAGUAAUGUGGCAACUGAAGUUUACUGAGGUAUAUCUGGGUGCACUGUUGUUAGUUUACUUUGUGUCUUCAUGUUCAGCGAACUACAUGCUUUGCGUCUGGUUGGCUGCUCUUUAUUCAUUUGCUCGAGUGGCUUUGUUGGUCGCAAGGAGCAUAAUGAGUAUUUCAAAUAGGCGUUGUAUGCUCUUUUUUGUUUAUUUUGAGGGCCAAUAACUUAUGAUUUCCAUUCUGCCCUUGUUUUCCUUUGUGCUACUUGGCUGGGACUAUUGUCCUUUAUGGUUUUGUAAUGCCUCCUGGCUCCUUUGCUGUUGGCAUAAUAAACUCACAUUCAUUCAAAUGGGAAAAAGAAAAGGAAGAAACAACUCAAGAUUUCCGUUUA